GCCAUCUCGCCUUUCGGUAUUCUGUCCACCAAAGCACACGUUCACACUUGCAAUUCUUAUUUUAUAUUAUUUGCUUUGUUUAAACGUUAGUUAUCAAAAGUUGUUAAAAAUAUAACAUACAGUUACUUUUCAGUGAUUAAUUUGCAUAAAUCGUACUAUUUGAUUAAUUUCGCAUAUUAAAAGUUCUAGGUUAACAACAAUCAUGGCCGAAACAGAGACGAAGCACCAUCCCGAGCACCACGACGAGGAUGUCCAUGAUGCCAACUACCAGGCGCCGCCGGAGAAGACCAUCGAGGAGAUAAUGGCCGCCGAUCAGGAGGACGAGAGCUUGCGGCGCUACAAGGAGGCGCUCCUGGGUGCCGCCCAGACCGAGAAAAUUAUUGUUGAACCCAAUGAUCCCCGAAAAGUUAUUGUUAAGAAACUGGCCCUCGUCGUCGAAGGACGCGACGACAUGGAGUUGGAUCUUACCGGUGACCUUAGUCAGCUGAAAAAGCAGCUUUUUGUGAUCAAAGAAGGUGUUCAGUACAAGGUGCGCAUUGAUUUUAUUGUGCAGCGUGAAAUAGUCCAUGGCCUUAAGUAUGUUCAAAAGACUUCUCGCUUGGGUGUUAAUGUUGUGGUUGACAAGAUGAAGCAUAUGGUUGGCUCCUAUCCGCCAAAGAAGGAGAUUCAGUUCUACUUGACGCCCGCCGAGGAGGCACCUUCAGGCACAUUCUCCCGCGGCACCUACUCGGUCAGUUCGGUCUUCACGGAUGACGACAAGCACAUACAUCUGGAGUGGGACUGGACCUUUGAGAUCAAAAAGGACUGGGCCUAAUUGCCACACCGAACAGCACACAACAACACACACACGACACACAACCUACAACAUACAACAUACGCUUUUUGUUUUCCCUCAAACAUGUCUUGUAAAUGAGUUUAGUUUUGUUCCAAAAGUGUAAGCGAAUUUUUCCAAAAGUGUAAUUGAUCGUCAAGUAUUUUUGUUAACGGUAUUAAAUUUUAAAUAUUUUUGUAACUAAAGUGUAAUGUAAAGCCAUGAUAAGUAUUUUUGAUACCCUAUUUGCAAAUUGAAUGUGUGCAGAUGUAGAGCAUUUUUCGCCUAAGUCCUCAAUGAGACGAGUCGGUCAGUCAAGUCAAAACCAAGUCAAGUCACUAGGCCAGUCAGUCAGUCAGUUAGUCAGUCAGUCAGCCAACCAGUCAGUCAGUCAGUCAGUCGUUUGGUUCUAAAUGCCAUUGCCUAUGUUUAACAUACAUUUUCAAACAGAUUAACAAUUGAGUAAUUAACUUUAAGAAAGUUGUUUGCAUUUCGCUGUGUAUUUAAAAUUGAAGAAUGGAGAAUGGUUUAUUGUAAGAACAAGUCGCCCCAAAACUAAAAGGAACUAAAAUCGUGCAACACGAACUGUUGAAUGCAACUAAUGCUGAUGCUUUAUUGUGCAUUUGAAGUUUGUGCGGCAUGGAGUCACUUAAAUCCACAUUAUUCUAACUAUAUAUCUCUGUGUAUUUUUUGUGUACAACAUACCAUAUAUGCGAAAGCUGAUUGAAUGCAACCGAAGAGCAAUAAAGAAUAAAGUAUACAUAUUUUAAAAUAAAAGCCUAA